AUGUCAGCCAAGCAGACAGAGCCAGUCACCGUCAUUAGCCUCCGGGAGCUGAGCCUCGGGGCCUCAGAGCCACAGUCGAGAGAGUCAAAGACAUUCACUGUGGAAGAAGCUGUGGAGACCAUCGGAUUCGGACGCUUCCACAUUGCCCUGUUUCUGAUCAUGGGCAGCACGGGGGUUGCUGAGGCCAUGGAGAUCAUGUUAAUAGCGGUUGUGUCUCCUGUCAUCCGCUGUGAAUGGCAGCUGGAGAACUGGCAGGUGGCAUUAGUGACCACGAUGGUGUUUUUUGGCUACAUGGUAUUCAGCAUCCUCUUUGGCCUCUUGGCUGACAGAUACGGCCGCUGGAAGAUUUUGUUCAUCUCGUUCCUGUGGGGAGCUUACUUCUCCUUGCUGACUUCAUUCUCUCCAUCGUACAUCUGGUUUGUCUUCCUGCGGACCAUGGUGGGCUGUGGCGUGUCUGGCCAUUCACAAGGGCUAAUCAUAAAGACUGAAUUCUUGCCUACAAAAUAUCGAGGCUACAUGCUCCCCUUGUCUCAGGUUUUCUGGUUGGCCGGCUCCCUGCUCAUCAUUGGCCUGGCCUCUGUGGUCGUCCCCACCAUCGGGUGGCGCUGGCUUAUCCGCAUUGCCUCCAUCCCUGGCAUCAUCCUCAUCAUGGCCUUCAAGUUUAUUCCUGAGUCUGCUCGGUUCAAUGUCUCCACUGGGAACACUCCGGCUGCCCUGGCUACGCUGGAACGCAUUGCCAAGAUGAACCGCUCAGUCAUGCCAGAGGGGAAGCUGGUGGAGCCCAUCCUGGAAAAGAGAGGAAGAUUUGCAGACCUGUUAGAUGCUAAAUAUUUACGGACCACGUUACAGAUCUGGGUCAUAUGGCUGGGCAUCUCUUUUGCCUACUACGGGGUCAUCCUGGCCAGCGCCGAGCUGCUGGAGCGGGACCUAGUCUGUGGCUCGCGGUCCGAGUCCGAGGUGGCCGUGACUGGGGGGGUCUUGGAGGAGAGCCAGAGCCCCUGUUACUGCCACAUGUUCGCCCCCUCUGACUACAGGACCAUGAUUAUCAGCACCAUUGGCGAAAUUGCUCUGAAUCCUUUAAACAUCCUGGGCAUUAAUUUCCUGGGGAGACGGCUGAGCCUUUCUAUUACCAUGGGAUGUACAGCUUUAUUCUUCCUGCUCCUCAAUAUUUGCACCUCAAGUGCCGGCCUCAUCGGCUUCCUCUUCAUGCUGAGGGCUCUGGUGGCAGCCAACUUCAACACCAUCUACAUUUACACCGCUGAGGUCUACCCAACGAUGAUGCGUGCUUUGGGGAUGGGGACCAGCGGCUCCCUGUGUCGCAUUGGAGCAAUGGUGGCACCAUUUAUAUCCCAGGUUCUUAUGAGUGCAUCGUUCCUGGGGGCCCUGUGUCUCUUCUCGUCUGUCUGUGUGGUGUGUGCCAUUUCUGCAUUUACUCUCCCCAUUGAGACUAAAGGACGGGCCCUACAGCAAAUUAAAUGA